AUGUGCAGUCUAGCUGCAGCUGUUUCUGCUGCUGGUUUUCUUAUGCCUUGCUCUGCUAUUAAGAAAAAGCAGGAGGAGGAGGUGGCUGGCUAUACCCCUGAAGAGCUCGAGGAAACGGACCUAUGGCGGCAGGAGUACCAGAAGUUUAUUGAUGCGGAGAAGCAUAAAGAAUGGUGGGAACGGUUGAGCGUUGUGGGGGGCGUUGGAGGCGCUGCGGCUGCGGGCCUGGCUUUGUUUGGCAAGGCCCACGAGAACGCAGGAGGGGUAGCAGAGAACCCAGCUGCAGCGCGGCUGGUGCGCGGCGCAGGCAGCGUUGUGGGGGGCGUUGGAGGCGCUGCGGCUGCGGGCCUGGCUUUGUUUGGCAAGGCCCACGAGAACGCAGGAGGGGUAGCAGAGAACCCAGCUGCAGCGCGGCUGGUGCGCGGCGCAGGCACUGCAGCUUUAUUGGGGGGAGCAGCUGCGCUUCUUGGGUGGUUGAUGAGACGUAGGAGCAAAAAAAGGCAAAAACUCGCCGACGCGAGACUGGCACGCAUGCAUUUUGAAGCGGUAACGGGGAUAAAGCCCUCUGAUGAGAACGUCUUGGGGCCAGAUGAAAGAGAUGUUUUAGCCCCGAAGAAACACAAAAAGAAAAAGAAAGAUGACGAUGACUGA